AUGAGUCUCGAUGGAAAAGAAACAAGCGAAACAAUUCAAAAUCCAUUUGAAAGUGUCGCUGUUUUUGAUCAAUCGCAUCCAGAAAGUUCAACUGUGAACUCUUCUGCUGAUGUCAAUAAACAGCAGAACAGUAAGCAGGAAUUGACUAAUGAUAAUCUUAGUCCGGCAUCAAAUGAAACAGAUGAGCUAGUAACUUCAAAAAUGGUGAGGAAUGCUGGUAUAAAGACGCUUUUUCCAGAGGAUGUGGAUGAAUUGGGCAGUUCAACAGGAGAAAAUCAUGCUGAUGUGAGUGACUCUAAUAUCGGAGAUACGAAUAAGAAUAAGAGUCCGUUAAAGAGCAAUGAUAAAGACCAAAAUGCGUCACCAGGAAAUCAGGACAAGUUUGCUGAGCGAUCAAAGGAGCCAAUUGAAUCGAUUGCAUUGGACCCCCCUUCAAUAUCCAAUUUAGAUGUUGAUCAGGGUGCUAAAGUCGGCAAUUCUUCCAAUUCAUCAGCAGAAUCCGGAAAUACCAAUAGAACAACUGAUCAUUCAGAUAACAAGGCUUCUGAUACAUCAGACUCCGAACAUGUGAUUCACACAGUUGUUGACUCUCCUUUAACAGAACACGAGGGAUCAAACACAUUUGUUAGUUACCGCAUUCAAGUUAAAACGGACAGUAAAUUAUUUCCAAAGAAGACAUUUCAGGUUCGAAGACGGUACUCGGACUUCUACUUUCUCUAUCAAUGUCUUGUGAACGACUUUCCAACACUUCUCGUCCCCCCUUUACCAGAUAAGAAGAGAAUGGAGUAUAUUAAAGGAGGCCGAUUUUCUGAAGAGUUUACUUCCAAAAGAGCUGUUUCUCUAUCUAUAUUCUUACACAGAGUAUGCAGUCAUCCAAUCAUGAAAACAUCCGACGUUCUACGCGUUUUUCUUGCUGAUACGGUUCACUGGAAUGCGUAUCGUGCAAACUUGAAAGUUUCAGCUGUUGGCAGUCUUGAUACUUCAAACUCUGCAUCUCAAAACUUUGAAACUGUCACGGAGUUCAUAAUGAAUUCCUUCAAAAAGCCUACUUUGGAGAAUGUGAACAAAAAGGAAUUUGUCGAGAUUGAAAACAGAAUUACGCAUUUGCAACAGAAUUUGAGGCAGAUAAACAAUAUCUAUUCGAGGGUACUUGAGCGCCAGAAUAGUAUAUCGGAGGAUAUGGUGAAGUUUGGCUCCGAAUUUGGUAAACUUGCAAGGGUUUUGGGUAAUGAUAUCGAUGGUACUCAUCAGAAAGUUGAGGAUAUGGAUCAGGAAACUCGGCAAUGUGAUAUUCAGUUAAAACGGUUCGCAUCUUCUCUUACAAAAACAUCGGAAGACCUGCAGAAUUUGAAUAGGGGAAUCGACAAUCGGUAUAUUACAUCAUUAGUUGAUCUGGAGCACUAUAUAAUGGAGCUGAAGAAGCUUAUUAAGGUGAAAAACGAUAAGGCAAUCGACUAUGAAAUGCUUGCCCAUUAUCUUGAGAAGGCUAAAGCUGAGAAGCAAAAUUUGGUCAAUGGUGGCUCAUUAACAUCGACCACAGAGGGUACGAUUACCUUUUUGACUAAAAAAUUCGAGUCACUUGCUGGAAUUUCCGGUUCAAGGGCAGGAAAUAUGACAAAUGAACGAAUACAGAAGCUCGACAAGCGUAUUGAAAUGCUGGAAAGAGAAAAAGUGAAUGCAGAAAAAGUGUAUAAGAGAUAUGAAGAGGAUAUAUUGACAGAGUCUGAGUUCUUUACAAAAAUGAAGAAUGAGGAAGUUGCAUCCUCAUUAUCUGAUCUUGAGAAGCUUUACUUGCAGUUUUAUACAAAUGCACAAAGGAGUAUGAAAGAGUUGGAUGAGGACUUUGCCAAAGAUGGAAAAGAUCUUUUCCCAGAUAAGCUUUCAGCUGACGGUGAAUUUUUCUCCAAAAGCCAAGUUGCGCAAAACGAAGGAAGAAUAUCUGCUGAUAUUCAAAAAAUAAAGAAUCUAGGUGACUCGGAAGAACAUGAAUCGAAUGAUUAA